AUGGCACCUGGGUCCCGGCACAUCGAGCAGCAGUCGCACGCGCCGCUUCACGCGUUCUACGUCGUGGGGCGGUCGCUGCGCGUGCUGUCGGUAUUCGCGGCGUACCGCUUCCUGGUGGAGUCGGACGUGUCGGUGCUGCUCUUCGCCUUCUUCUCGCUCCUCGGCGCCGCCAUCCUCUUCUUCCUCCUCCAACGGCCCUGGAAAGGCAAACGACUCACCAACACCCAGGUAAACCUUGCCGACACCAAAGCAACGCCUUUUCGGCACCCAGGCAACGCGUCAUCCACCUCAACUUCACGUGUGUUGCUCUUUCCGUUGCUCACCCCCAUUGUGGUCCUGCUCCUGCCGUUUUCUCCCUCGGUUUCAUUCUCCCUCGUUUUCUCCUUUUCAUCCAUCACCCCCUUUCCCCCUCCCUUCCCCCCACCCGGGUCCCUUCCUGCUACCCCGUUUGUGUCACAUGACCAGUGGGGCAUCUCAGUGAUGAAUGGAGGCGUGUUGGCCCUCGCUGUUGUCACAUGGGCGUACGGUCUGAAGCAGUGUGGUCCUUUAAGGUCGGUAAUGGCGGAGUACUCGGGAGCGGUGGUUGCCACCAUAUCCACAAUGAUCUUCGGGCGGCGAGGUCACCGCGUGCUCAAGGUGAGCGCGGGUGGUCGCAUCACAAAUGGAGGCACCCAGACAGGCACACAAUUUGCCCCCUCAUCGCUUCUCUCUCUUCUACUCCUCCCCCACUUGCCCACACCACCCGCCAGGGAGCGCAAGCCUUGGACCUGGAGGUGGGGGCGCAGCCCUUUCCAGGCGCCUCAAAACCUCCCAUCUCCUCUCGCGCUUCCCCACUUCUUCCCUUCUCCUCUCGCUCACACCAUCCGCCAGGGGGCACAAGCUCUGGACCUGGAGGCAGGGGGGCGGCCGCUGCAGGUGUAUGCGCUGGUGAUCCUGGCUGGGCUCGUGUUCUCCUUCUAUGUCGAUACACUGGCGGAAGACAAGCUGCGCAUCGGCCCGUCAUCACUGAAGCACCUGUUGGUGACGAGUGUGGCGGUGGUGGCGCUGCUACUCAUCUAUCGCAUGCACUUCUGCCCCCUCUCCUUCGUCCUCAUCGCCCUCCUCCUUGCCGCUGGCCUGCACUGGUCCACGGCCAUAGAGCGCAGCAAGUCAGCGGGGUCGCUGGCAGAGGAUGGGGUGGCGGCCAAGGAGAGGCGCAGAACGGCGGCCCUCGCCAUGCUGCAGGGAGCCAUGGACCACGUCAUGUCUGAUUCCAAGUCACACCGUAUUGCGCUCUUUCUCCUCAUCAACGCAGCGUUUAUGAUCGUCGAGUUCUCCGUCGGCUUCCUCUCCAACAGUCUCGGGCUCAUAUCAGACGCCUGUCACAUGCUCUUCGACUGUGCUGCGCUCGCCAUCGGCCUAUAUGCCUCCUACAUCUCCCGCCUCGACUCCCCUUCUAUGUUUGCCUACGGCUAUGGUCGCUUUGAGGUGCUAUCGGGCUUUGUCAAUGCGGUCUUUCUCGUACUCAUCGCCACGCUCAUCGUCUUUGAGUCCAUUGAAAGAAUCCUUGACCCACCGGACAUAUCAACGGCAAACCUGCUGGCGGUGUCGGUGGGGGGCCUGGUGGUGAACAUGGUGGGACUCGUGUUUUUCCAUGAGGCCCACCACCACGCACAUGGGGGCACCUGCUCGCACUCCCAUGACCAUGACCACUCCCACUCGCAUGUGCAUGACCACUCCCAUUCUCAUUCGCACCAUGGGCACGAGCACAAGCAUGAGCAUGGGCAUGCCCAUGGUGGGUCAUGCACCCAUUCCCAUCAUGACGACCAUCAUCAUCAUCAUCACGAGCAUCAAGAUAACCAUUCCCACCAUAACCACGACCACGAUCAUGAGCAUAAGCAUGAGCAUGAGCACGAGCUGAACCAUAGGCAUGAGCAUGCACAUACGCACGAUCAUGAUUGCAAAAGACAUGCGCACCAGCACGAGGAGCAUCAUCACCAUGAGCACCACACGCCACAUUAUCAUCAUAAGGACAUGCAUGGAUGCGACCAUGGGCAUGGGCAUGGAAACGGGCAUAGGCAUGAGGGGGGGAGUGCACUAGAAGGGGACGAAUGGGAGCAGGAGAAUUGGGAAGAUGCCAGGAGCAACAGCGCCAUGACCACCAGAUCACUCUUACAAUCACCCAUCUCUGUAUCAUCACCUUCGUUUGAGUCACCAGCACUACCAUCGUCAGGGGCAGAGAAACUUUUGGCCGUGCACAAAGCGAGGAGGAGAAUAGGGGAAGGGGGUGCUGCUGCAGUAGGAGAUGAAAGUUUUCAGGCGCUGCCCGCGUGUUCCAUAUUCAUAUCAGCGCUCAUCAUCAGCACUGUCAUCCCUCUGCUGCAAAACUCUGCUGAAAUUAUUCUUCAAAGAGUGCCCCGGGCAGCAGAGCACCAGAUCUCAGCUGCCCUGAAGAAGAUUGAGUCAAUGGCAGGGGUGGUGGUGGUGCGGCAGCGGCACUUCUGGUCCUUCACUCCUAAGAUGCUCGUGGGCUCAAUCCACGUGCUCAUAUCUCCAGAUAGCCUCAAAGAUAGAGCGAACGAGGGAGGUGUAGCAGCACAUAACGGAGAUGCUUAUAGCGAGUACGGGGACAAGCAGCGGCGGCUGGAGGCGGUUCAGCAGCUGCGGCAGUCGUUGAGGCGGCGCGUCUCGGAUGUAUUCCGAGCGGUUGGGAUCACACACGUGACGGUGGAGGUGGGUACUGCACGGUGCACAUACCUUCCCAACUCAGCUCCCCACCCCACGCUUCAUUAUAUGACUGCUUCCCGCUUCCCUGCUCUCGCGCAUUGCCUUUCUUCCUGUGCCUGUGCAUAUUCCCUUCUCUCCCCAACCUCUGCAUUUUCUUCUCUCUCUCCUAUGCCGGUGCAUUCUCUCUUGCGUCAUGCAGAUUGA